CUCUGUCCCGUUACUUCGCUGCCCGUCAAACGAACGAGUGAUUUUUUCAUCGCCGCCGUGUGUGGAAAUUACGAAAUUUUAGUUUUAUUAAAAAAAUUUUGAGAAAACCCACUACAUAAAUUACAAAAAAUGGCUUCAAUUUGUGGACGCAUGGCUUUCCGUGCCGCUGCACGUCAAAAUGUCGCAUACACUCCAGUUCGCUUCUGCAAAAUGAUGAACGAUCCCAUGGAACACGCUACUGGUAUUGAGAAGCGUGAAUUGUUGGCCAAAGCUGCCGGUAAUGAUAAUCCCUUCGACAUGAAAGUGUUCAAGCGUGGUGCUGGUACCAAGGAAAAUCCCAACCUGAUACCCUCUGCUUUCGAAGCCCGUAUUGUGGGUUGCAUCUGCGAAGAAGAUCAAACCUAUGUACAAUGGAUGUGGCUACAAAAGGGUACCGCUAAACGUUGUGAGUGCGGCCAUUGGUUCAAAUUGGUUGAAAAGGCUGCCGUUUAAAUAUAGUUAAAUCCUUGUACACACCAUUUAAAAUAAAUAUGUCGUUCUGUUUUCAAAACUUAACAUAAAUUAAAGAAAUUUAAGUUAAAAGUAACCUUAAACAAUAAAACAAACCAAAACAACAAAAAAAACCUAAACAAAAAACGAAGUACAUAAAUUAUUUUCACUUGAGUUAAUACCAACUCUUGGGUUAUUAAAUUAGGUUACUUUUUUCUUUGCUAGUUGAAAUCUAUCAAUUAUAAAAUGGCUUUGAAAACGCCAUAAUUUUAAUGAUAAAAUACACACUACACUUUAAUUAUAUGAAACAAAUAAAACACACGCUUGUUAUGUUUAAGUCGAAAAUAAUAAAUUAUGUUAAAUGAAAACACAACCAACAAAAAAAAAGAGAUUCAACAACUCAUAUCUUGUCUUUAUAUAAAAAAAAACCAAUAGCUAUGAUAAAACGUUUAAACUAACGAGUAUAACAACAGCAACAAGUGUGUAUUUAUUUAAUAAGUUUAAAUAAUUGCUAAAGCAUAACUAAUUUAAUUAGUAAACAAAAAAUAAAUAAGAAACUAUUAUAGAAACAAAA